AUGCAGGCCAUCAAGAACUUGCUCUCGCCGCUCGCGUCAAGCAACAGCAACCCUAUCCAGGACACUCUGAAACUCGUCGUCAUCGGCGGGACGGUCGAGACUGCCCGGAGAGCAUCCGUCUCGGCCUGGAACGGAUUCAUUGACUCGUUCUUCCUCACCGCACAUUUUAGCCAAGAAGACUACCCCUAUGACUGGCUGAUGCACUGGCUCUCGAAGGCAGGUCAACCCGCCUGGGGUCGCAGCCGGGAAUUCGACAUCACGACGCGGUCCGUGAGCCGGCACGGCCUCACGCAGAAGACGACGGGGGAUUUGGAAGACGACAACGAGGAGGAGGAGGAGAGCGCCGAGUUCAGUCAGGGCGGCGGCCGGAAGCGCAAAGGUGCGAUCGUGCCUAGUAUGGAUACGACGCAUACGAUAUACUACCGCGGACAUUGGCUUCGCAUAACGCGCACGAAGCGCUUCCAAGACUACGGCUCCUGCGCUGAGCUCAAAAUAAGCGUUGUCGCCCGGAACAAUGACAUUCUCAAGCGGCUUGUCCUGGAAGCAAAGCGUGAGUAUGAGAAGGACGCGGAACACCGCGUGCACAUUUUCAUGGCAGACACUACGUACGGCUGCUGGCGCUGGAACGGCGCGCGCCAGAAGCGCCCCAUGAGCUCGAUCGUGCUCGAGCCAGGCGUGAAAGACAUGAUCCUUGCGGACUGCAAGGACUUCCUCUCCUCCGAGGACUGGUAUGCCGAGAGAGGUAUCCCGUUCCGGCGCGGAUAUCUGCUGCACGGGGUGCCCGGCAGUGGGAAAACAUCGCUCAUUCACAGCCUGGCGGGGGAGCUCGGGCUGGACAUUUACGUCGUCAGUCUGUCUUCCAAGGGCAUGAGUGACAACACGUUGACGACGCUUAUGGGUAACGUACCAUCGAGAUGUAUACUCCUUUUAGAAGAUCUCGAUGCCGCGUUUACGCGCGGGAUUUCCCGUGACGAGACGUCCACAGGGGCGCCCACGGGCUCCUCGUCCACCACGACCUCUUCGUCGUCGAAGAGCAAGAAGGAAGAGGACAGCGAUGGAUCCACCCUGAGCUUGAGUGGGCUGCUGAACAGCCUCGAUGGUGUCGCCGCUGCGGAGGGCCGUCUUCUGUUCGCGACCACGAACCACAUCGAGCGGCUCGACCCCGCGCUCAGCCGUCCGGGCCGGAUGGACGUCUGGGUGAACUUCAAGCACGCCACGAAGUGGCAGGCGCAGGGCAUCUUCAAGUGCUUCUUCCCCGCGCGCUCCAGCGGCGCGCCGACCGCAGGCGCGCCGGCCGAGUCAUCUGCUGCUGCCGGGCCCGCGGGUGCAGACGCAACCGUGUCGGCAGCCAACAUCGCGGUGUCGAAGCGCAAGCGCGCGGCACACGCGAUCCCCCUCCUGUCCGAGGAUGAGAUUUCGGAGCUCGCUAAGCGUUUCGCAGACGCCAUCCCUGAGAACGAGCUGAGCGUCGCCGCGCUCCAAGGGUACCUUCUCAGGAACAAGACCCGGCCGCGUGAGUGUGUGGACGAGGUCCCCGCCUGGGUCAUUUCCGAGCGCGAGAUGCGCGAAAAGCUCAAGAAGGAGAAGGAGGAGCGCGAAGCCAAGGAGAAGAAGGAAGCCGAGGAAAAGGCGCGGAAGGAGAAGGAGGAAGCGGAUGCUAAAGAGAAAGAGGAGAAGGCUGCAGCCGCAAAAGAGAAAGCCGACAAGAAGGAAGCACGCGUGAAAGUGAAGCGUGCCGCGCUCCGCGACGCCGCCAAAGCCUCCGCGGCAGCAGCUCCGACCUCGGAGAGCGAUACAUCCACCUCCGCCAGUGAGAGUACCUCGGACGACGCCGCCGAGGAAGCCUCCGCGGCGGCAGCGGCAGCACCCGCGUCCGAGUCCACGUCCACGUCCGAGUCCGAGAACACGAGUGGCGCAGAUGCCGACACGGAAGAGAGCGUCACCUCGGAAGAGGAAGCCGACAAGGCCGACAAGCCCUCCGAGCCCGCGUCCGAGCCCGUCGCCGACGCGCCCGCUCCAGUGAAGGAGAAGUGGGUCGCGGUGAAGGCGCAGCCUGCGGCGGACACGCCGAGUGGCUAAUUUCCACUCGCGUGCACCCCCCGCCCUCUGCGCAUGGCCCGCCCCGCGUGCGGGAAACCAUGCCAGUCCGAACCCAACGCCCCGCCCCCGUCGCGUCGUCGCCUCGCGAUCGUCUCGACGAUGCUCCGAAUGAUGACUGCCCGUCUCCUGUGUGCCCCUGCUGUACCUCUCGCGCUGUGGCUCUCGCUGGUCGGCCCGGUGAAUGCUGUGAUCCUGACUGCUGCCUGUUUUCGUCUGAUGUACAUUCCUCGCCCUCCGGGACGAGGGUCGCGCAUAGAUGCUGUGUCGCCAUGCCUGUUUGUACGUACCUUCCCUGCUCACGUCCCCAAUGCUGUCAUGAUGUAUGCCCCGUUCACGCUGUCUUACGUUUACGUCGUG